AGUUCACCCGAGGAGCUCCGGAGGCAGGACCGACGCGGGCCCCGCCGGGGUGGGUGGGAGGGAAAAGGGAGCCCCCAACUUCCAGAGAGCCGUCUCCACCUUCUGCCUCAGCCUUCGGGAAGCUCGCCCGCUCGCUCCGGCCCGCGCCGCCCAGCUUCCCGGUGUUCCCACGGCCUGCGCCUCCCCGCCCCGGGCCCUCCCCCGCCGCUGGCAGGUUCAAUCCCCAGAGCCGGCCCCACGCCGGCAUCCUCCUCCCACUUCGCGCCGGGUCUCCGCCACUAAAACCCGGGGCUACGCAGUGGGACUGUCUUCUCAGCUCCAGCCAGGGGCGGGCUCUGCGCGCCCUUGCAACGACCCAAGGUGUUAAGUCUCCAGGGAGAAGCGAUACGGACAGUCCCGGGGCCAGACAGCGUCAUGGAGCCCCAGGGGGCGCUAAGUUUGGAGAAACAGGGACCUGCGCUCUUUGGAGAGCCCCCGCCAGCCGAGGGGCUGCCCGCUCCGGGGGGCGACGGCGGCGGCGCGUCGGAAGCCCCGAGCCCCGACGCUGACCCCUUGUCCGCGGAGGAAGAGGCCGCCUCCCAGGAGCCGGAGGAGCUGCUGGAAUGCCGCCGCCGCCUCCCGCGUUCCUUUUCCCUGCCCGCGGACCCGAUCUUGCAGGCGGCCAAGCUGCUGCGCCAGCGCCAGCAGCUUGGCCUGGGGCUCGGCCCGGAGGGCGGCGAGGGGGCCGAGGGCUUGCCGCACGGUCCCGGCAGCUGCUGCGCCAAGUGCAAGAAGCGAGUGCAGUUCGCGGACGCGCUGGGUCUAAGCCUGGCCAGCGUGAAGCACUUCAGCGAGGCGGAGGAGCCGCAGGUGCCUCCCGCCGUGCUCUCCCGCCUGCGCAGCUUCCCCAUGCGCGCCCAAGACCUGGAACAGCUCCCCGGCCUGCUGGCCGCGGCGGCCGCGACCGCGGCCCUCUCUGCGCCGCCUCCCCGGCUUCGGCCUCUUUUCGAGCUUCCCGGGCCCAGCGCCGCCGCCGAGAGACUGCGGCGGCAGCGCGUGUGCUUGGAGCGCGUGCAGUGCUCGGCGCCCUCGGGAGCGGAGGUGACGGGCUCCGGCCGGGUGCUGGGCUGCCCCGGGCCGAGAACCGUGGCGGUGCGCUACACCUUCACCGAGUGGCGCUCCUUCCUAGACGUGCCGGCCGAGCUGCAGCCCGAGCCGCCGGCGGAGCCACAGCCACCUGAGGCGCCGUCGGGGGGGCCCGGGGACGCCGAGGAGGAGCCAGGCGCCGAGCGUUUCCACUUCUCGCUGUGCCUGCCCCCCGGCCUGCAGCCCCAGGAGGGGGAAGACGCGGACGAACCGGGCGCCGCGGUCCACUUCGCCGUGUGCUACCGCUGUGCCCAGGGCGAGUACUGGGACAAUAACUCGGGGGCCAACUACACGCUGCGCUAUGUGCGCCCUUCCGACGCGCUCUGAGCCCAAGGCCGGGCUCCAGGCGGCGCGCCUCCCCAGAGCACCCGGGUGACCUGCGGGGGCGAUUUGCUGAGCCCCGUACCUCGGGGAAGGAAAGGAGGGAGCCGUUCACGGCAAACUUUUCACCAGGACGGAUCCGGCGAGUGAGCCUUGUGAGCACCGUAACUCCCUCGCCCGUUGUCUCCUCGCUUAGGCCUUCCUCCGCUGCUUCUGGGAUUCUCGCUCUGCGUCAGACUGGGAAGAAAUUCUCAAGACUCUGAGCCAUAGCUUCCUCCAAGAAAAAGUCUCCUGACCCUUGCGCCUAAUUGUAAGACCUUGGGAUUUGUUUAAAACUAUAGACAAAGUGUUUUCGCCGUUGCUGCUUGUUGGAGAUGCCUGAGUCUCAGGGAAAGGACAGGCAUCCUGCCACAUCAUGCCAGGAGAAUGCACUGGACCCUGGGCGUGAAGGGGAGCCUUCGCACAGGGGCCUGUUUCUCUGAGAAAACCGGGUGGGGCCUGGGCUGGGCCGUCCUUUUCUCUUAACUGGGAUCUGGGAGAUGUUUGCACAGACUGGACAUUACUUACUUGGGCCUAUGUGUACACAUGUCCUUUAAAAAAGUAAAGGCAACUUGCACACUC